AUGGUCAGCGAGGACCAGCAGUGUGCUGGUUGGCUGGAAGUUUUCUACAAUGGGACCUGGGGCAGUGUCUGCCACAGCCCCAUGGAAGACAUCACCGUGUCCAUGAUCUGCAGACAGCUUGGCUGUGGGAACAGCGGAAGUCUCAACUCUUCUGUUGCUCUUAGGGAAGGUUCUAGACCCCGGUGGGUAGAUGGCAUCAAGUGUCGGAAAACUGACACCUCUCUCUGGCAGUGUCCUUCUGACCCUUGGAAUUACAACUCCUGCUCUCCCAAGGAGGAAGCCUAUGUCUCCUGUGCAGGAAAAACACCCAAGAGCUGUCCAGCUGCUGCCCCCUGCACAGGUACAUCAGCCCCGCCCCCUCCCCAGGGCUCCCAGGGGCUCCUUCCUCCCACCAGGGGAGUCACAGGAGGGGCUGCUGCCUUUUCAGACAGAGAGAAGCUCCGGCUCAGGGGAGGAGACAGCGAGUGCUCAGGGCGGGUGGAGGUCUGGCACAGCGGCUCCUGGGGCACCGUGUGCGAUGACUCCUGGAGCCUGGCAGAGGCCGAGGUGGUGUGUCAGCAGCUGGGCUGUGGCCCGGCCCUGGAAGCCGUGCGGGCCGCAGCGUUUGGCCCUGGAAACGGGAGCAUCUGGCUGGAUGAGGUGCGGUGCGGGGGCCGGGAGUCCUCCCUGUGGGACUGUGCUGCGGAUCCCUGGGGGCAGAGCGACUGCAAGCACGAGGAGGAUGCUGGUGUGAGGUGCUCUGGUGCAAGGACAACAUUGCCCCCCAAUACAGCAGGGACCAGAACAACCUCAACUCCUCUCCCUGGCAUCUUCUCCCUGCCUGGGGUCCUCUGCCUCAUCCUGGGGGCCCUUCUCUUCCUGGUCCUCGUCAUCCUGGUGACUCAGGUGCUCAGAUGGAGAGCAGAGCGCAGAGCCUUAUCCAGCUAUGAAGAUGCUCUUGCUGAAGCCGUAUACGAGGAUCUCGAUUAUCUUGUGACUCAGAAGGAGGGUCUUCUGGGCAGCCCAGGCUUCCUGUCAGAUGGUGAGGAAAAUGACUCCAGGUCCGCUCCAGCCCCAGAUCAGAGGACUGAUGCCCCUGGUGAGGAUUAUGAUGAUGCUGAAGAGGUACCAGUGCCUGGGGUUCCUCCUGCCUCUCAGGGUAGCGAAGAAGAAGUGCUCCCAGAGAAGGAAGAUGGGAUGAGGUCCUCUCAGACACGCUCUUCUCUAAACGUCUCUAGAGAGGAAGCUAAUCCUGGGGAAGGAGAAGAGAGACCCUGGCUGCUCCAGGGGGAGAAAGGGGACCCUGGAUACGAUGAUGUUGAAAUCAGUGUCCCAGGAACAUCCUCGGUGACUCUCUGGUGAUGUUGUAUUAAAUAUGAGAUGAAGCCUCAGAUAUUCUAAUUGCCUGUAUUUCAAUAGAGUAAUGCUGACCUGUAAUUGUGUUACAUGAAUAUUGCUCAAAAUGAAAUAUUCUGAAUAAAGUAACUUUUUUGCUUUGUUG